AAUAAACACAAGCUGUUCUGAUAACACUGCCUUAUAAUUAAUAUAUCUUGAAUAAACACUUUGUUUAUCCUAUUGUCAUAAAGUUCAAAAGCCCCUGAGGCGUCCCGACCGAAAAUCUAUUUGUGUAUAUUUUAAACAAUUAUUUGAAAUAAAUAUUAAUAAAUCGGUCAUAUAUAUAUUUCAAAAAUGAAUAUUUCCAACAGAGGAUCUUUACAACGAGUAAUUUUGGAUGAAAUAGCUUUGGAAGGUUUGGAGGGUAUAACAUUGGAGUCAUUGUGGGUAUAUUUAAGUAAAUCACUAAAUUUGACACAGCCAAUCACUAAUCAACUUAAGGAAAAUGUUUGGAAUUUCAUAUUGCAAGUUCGACAGCAUCUGCAAUUCUUCGAACUGCCAGAAGAACGUAGUACGGUAAAAUUGUUUGAUCGCUACCAAUUUGUAGACAGCGACUUAGGUGUUCCACUUUCACCGGAAGAGUGCCCUUUCGUUCGAUAUAAUUGCGUACCAGUAUCAGAUGGAAAUAUUAUGGGAUCAUGUCAAUGUUACAAAGAACGCAAAAAUGUACCAUUUAAUGUUGUAAUGGACCUCAAUGUAGAAACUGUAUCUAAAAUUUGGGGAAAUAAGUUUGUUAUUGUUGCAUCGCAAGAGUUACGUUACAAUGCAUUAACUCCGGAAAAUGUAACGCGUCCGAAGGAAUUAACUCCAAUUCAGUAUUGCAUAUGGGAGGCUAUUGGUCGUGCUCGUUAUAAUGGAGAAACUACAUCAGGAGUCUGGUCUUUAACGCACUUCUGCAAAGAUCCUACAAUUGUCUUUUAUAUAAAAAACAAACUGAUAAGGCAUGGAGUUGUUUCUCACCAACUUUUUAAUGAGAAGCGUAGUGAUCGCUUAAUCGUAACAACAUUGCUAACUCUACCUCGUUUUUUCCCGGCAUAUCGUAGUAUACUGAUUAGUAUGGUGGAGAAAUUAUUUUUAAUGUUAAAAGAAAAGCCAGAUUAUUCCAUGCCUUUAGUGGAAGCAAGAGUACAUUUUCCAUCAUUUGAAAGGCAAAAGACUUUUAAAAAAGCAAUGUUAACUCACAUAUUUCGAAAAAUUUUCGAAACACGAUCCUUGCCAUACUAUGAUGUCUUUCCGAAUCCUAAUAAGAAAAAGAAUCAGACAAACAGUCGAAUGGUCGCUAUAGUCAAAUUAAGACAUCCCGAAAAAUCUAUUGAUGAUAUAUUCGAAAAUAUUGAAAAUGAACAAGACAAAAUUGACGAAAAUACAGAUGGGGAUUUUCAUAACGAAAAACAUUCAUAUAUUGAUAUGCCGUUGCGAGAAGAAUUUUAUCGCUGUGUAUCUCGUUUUGGAAAUCGUGGAUGCAGUCAGACUGAAAUUUAUCGCCAUUUGUCAAUUAAUCAUUUAUCUUUAAGACAGCUAAUUAAAAAAAUGACAGCGGAAGGUUUAAUAAAAUCAUAUUGUGUUGAUAUUGGACGCCAAAGAACUAACAUGUAUGUUGCCGUCGAAUGCUUUGACUCAGUAAAUAAGUCGGUGAAAAACUCAUUAGAUGUUCUUCAAAACCUACAAUGUGCUGAAGAGCCUAAUAUUCCUAUAAUGGAGGCACAGUUUCCAGAUGUUUCACAGAUAUGUGCGCGUAUUAAAAAUUAUGAAUUUCCAAUGAACUCGUUAAUGCAGCGAAACGACAACAUAAGUCAACGUUUAAUAUCAAGAAAAGCGUUUGCUGUUAAAAUGAUCGACGAACAUUGUAUCAUCUCAGUCCAACACUUACGCAAACUUCUAUUGGAACACGAAAAAAGUAAGGGGUUAAAAGACGAAGUUUGUCAGAAGUCUAUCAAACGAAUGUUAUAUCAAAUGAGUAAAAGCAAUAUUAUUCGCAUGUAUGAAAUUUUGCUGCAGCGAGAGGAAAAUAUUCGUAUAUACCGUUAUGUGACGCAUCCGAAAAUCGACAUUGAACAUAUUGCUCUUAAAAACGAAAUUUUAAAACUAAAAAACAGCCUUUUCUUAUUGCUGGAAGAGAAGAGACAUAGGCUAUUGAGUUCUAGACGCCAUCAGAAUCGAAAAAUAAAAACUUCGAAAAAAAUAAAGUCUGAAACUAAAUUUAACAAAAACACUUUGAUACCAUUGAAAAGUCACAAACCACCAAAGUUUUUAAUAUCUAGAUAUAUGCAUGAAUUUUUAUUUUAUAUUGUGGUUGAGUUGAACGAAUGUCAAAUGCCUCUAGAAAUUACUAAAGAAUUACUUCAAACAUGGCAGGUAUCUGAGCCGUCUCUCCGCAUUGAUGAGUAUUUGGAACAAUUGGAACCAGAAUACUCAAAUAUGAAGGCAUAUACCAAGUACAUUACUUGGCGUACGUUUAUACCACCGUUGCCGAGAUAUUCCGAUAAGCCAGCUGGAUGGGUGUAUUUUAUAGAUGCAAUGGAUCGAAUGCCUCUAUCUAUAUUUAAUAAAAUUUUUCGCAUUGAUAAGGGAGCAGAUGAAAGACUGUCAACAUUUUUGAGUCAUCCUGUUCGUCAGCACUAUUUAAUGCGUCAAUUACCCUCAGAUUUGCAAUGUAAAAUUAGCCGGGUACAAUUACAACGCGUUUACGCAUCUGUGUUAAAACUUCUCAAUCACAUGGGUUUAAUACAGAUACUAAUGUCUGGAUCUGCUCAGUGUGUCAUAAGCUCAUCGCACGGAACACCACCUCAGUUCAAUGCACUAACUGGUAGCACCUAA